GAGCACGACUUCGCCAUGAGACCAGGCUUCGGAGGUGCAGCCAUCCCUGUGGGCAUCGACGUGCAGGUGGAGAGCAUCGACAGCAUCUCCGAGGUCAACAUGGACUUCACCAUGACUCUUUACCUGCGCCACUACUGGAAAGACGAGCGUCUGGCGUUUCCGUCCCGCAACAACCAGAGCAGGACGUUCGACUCUCGCCUGGUGAAGAAGAUCUGGGUUCCCGACGUCUUCUUCGUCCACUCCAAACGCUCCUUCAUCCACGACACCACCAUGGAGAACAUCAUGCUGCGGGUUUACCCCGACGGAAACAUCCUCUACAGCGUCAGGGUCACUGUUACAGCUCUCUGCUCGAUGGACUUCAGCAGCUUCCCUCUAGACACACAGAACUGCUCACUGGAGCUGGAGAGCUAUGCGUACAAUGAGAACGACCUGAUGCUUUACUGGAAGAAUGGGAACGACUCUCUGAGGACGGAUGAAAUCGUCUUGUCACAGUUCUUCAUUGAGCAUUUCCACGCCUCCAGUGGCCUGGCUUUCUACAGCAGCACCGGUUGGUACAAUCGACUGUUCAUCAACUUCAUCCUCCGGAGGCACAUCUUCUUCUUCAUGCUGCAGACGUACUUCCCCACCAUGCUGAUGGUGGUGCUGUCCUGGGUCUCCUUCUGGAUCGACAGGAGGGCUGUUCCUGCACGAGUCUCUCUGGGUAUAACCACCGUGCUCACCAUGUCCACCAUCAUCACAGGAGUGUCCUCCUCCAUGCCUCAGGUGUCAUAUGUGAAAGCAGUGGACAUCUACCUGUGGACCAGCUUCCUGUUUGUCUUCCUGUCUGUCAUCGAAUACGCGGCGGUGAACUACUGCACCACUCUGGAGGAGAUGAGGAAGAUGAAGAGGGGGAAGAUCCCGUCCACCUUCAACGCCAGCCAGGCGAUGGCCUUCGACGGCUGCUUCCACGAUAAUGACAUGGAGCUGACCCCGUUCUCCCGGGUGGCGCCCACCCCGACCUCUGACCCUCUCACUACCCCGACCCAAAACCCAGACAUUCGCCCCACGGAGGGGACUCGCCUCCGCCGGCAGCGAUCAGUGCGAGAAAACGUGGACCUGCUGGUGAGCAACAGCUACAUGAUCGACUCGUACUCCCGUCUGGCCUUCCCUCUGUCCUACCUGCUCUUCAACACCAUCUACUGGAGCCUGUACUCCUGA